CCUCGCCGUGCGCGGGAGAAGGAGAGAGAGAGAGAGAGAGAGAGAGAGAGAAUGGAAGUAGGCAGGCUGCCAAUAUCCGCAGCGCUCAAGGGAAAGCUGGUGUCCGCUGGCUACACGUCGCUCUCUCUCCUCUCUUCCCUCUCCCCGUCUCAUCUCGCUCGUGAUCUAAAUAUAUCAGAAAAUGAAGCCCUUGACAUUCUUAAACAUGCCCCACAUGAUGGUCAGGUUGAUACUUCCAGUGUACAUCAUAUCAUCAAUGGUGCUCAGACUGCCUGGGAUAUGCUCCACGAGGAAGAAUUGUUAACAAGAAUCACUACAUCGAGUGUGGACAUUGAUAACAUCCUGGGAGGAGGGAUAAGUUGCAGGGAUGUCACUGAAAUAGGUGGAGUGCCAGGAAUUGGUAAGACGCAGCUGGGGAUUCAGCUUGCAGUAAAUGUCCAGCUUCCUAUCCAUUGUGGUGGCCUCGGGGGAAAAGCUAUCUACAUCGAUACAGAGGGUAGCUUUAUGGUGGAACGUGUGCUGCAAAUAGCUGAAGCAUGCAGCAAUGAUAUGUCAGCAACUAAUACCGUAUCCCAAGAUGUUCAUGCCGGGAAAGUAGGAAUGCAGCCUAGGGAUUUCCUGGAAAACAUUCUCUACUUCCGUGUCUGCAGUUAUACUGAGCAGAUUGCAUUGAUCAAUUACUUGGACAAAUUCAUCUCCGAGCAUAGAGAUGUUAAAAUUGUCAUCAUAGAUAGUAUCACUUUCCACUUCCGGCAAGAUUUUGACAUGGCCCUCCGGACCCGACUGCUUGGUGGAAUGGCCUUGAAGUUGAUGAAACUUGCCAAGAAGUUCUGCCUGGCUGUCGUUCUUCUGAAUCAAGUGACAACCAAGUAUGCAGAAGGCUCUUUCCAAUUGACUCUGGCAUUAGGGGAUAGCUGGUCUCAUGCUUGCACGAACCGGAUCAUCUUGUACUGGAACGGCAAUGAGCGAUACGCAUACAUUGACAAGUCACCUUCUCUUCGAUCUGCUUCAGCUCCAUAUGCUGUUACCGCUAAAGGGAUCAGGAACUCUGUUUCAAACUGCAAGAGAAUCAAGUUGAUGUAGAUGCAGGAUUUUAGUCUCCUUCUCACCUUUCAUAGAUUGAACUUUCUGGAGUGAUGGCAAUCAUCUCAAGUUUGUGUCGACCCAUGCUUUUGAAAUCCGUCCUUAAAUAUUUCUCCG